GGGUUGAUGACGUAACUGAGCACAUUGCGGCGCACGUUUUUUGUUUUGAUCCAGGAGUCGAGUAUAUAAUGUGAAAUCUCUAAAACCUGCGUGUUCUUUUAUCAGUAUUCGCAAGUUCUCAAGACUGGCCUUGUUGCUGAAGAAAUCUGAAGAUUAGUGAAGUAGAAAUCGUGCGAUGAGGAUCAUGAAGAGACCAAACAUCCUCCUUACCGGAACGCCGGGCGUAGGGAAGACCACGCUUGGCAAGGAGCUGGCACAGAGGACCGGACUGGCGUAUGUGAACAUUGGAGAUCUGGCUAAGGAAGGUGAGCUGUUCGAUGGCUUUGACGACGAAUACCAGUGUCCUAUUCUGGACGAAGACCGCGUUGUAGAUGAGCUGGAGGACAGGAUGACUGAGGGAGGCGUGAUCGUAGACUACCACGGCUGCGACUUCUUCCCCGAGCGCUGGUUUCACAUCGUGUUCGUCCUCCGCACGGACAACACCAACCUCUAUAACCGCCUCGAGAGCAGGGGCUACACGGGCAAGAAGCUGCAGGACAACGUUCAGUGCGAGAUCUUCCAGACCAUUUACGAGGAAGCCAUGGAGGCGUACAAAGAGGAGAUUGUGCACCAGCUGCCCAGCAACGACCCCGAUGACCUGGAGAGGAACCUGGAGCAGAUAUCGCAGUGGAUCGAGCAAUGGAUGAAGGACAACAACUGAUCGACGCACUAUUAGACACACACACACAUAUAUACACACACUGAUGCACCUUCACACACACAAUUAUUCCAUUAAACCGGUGUGACUCAGAGCCGCGAUCGAGCACCAGGAAGGGAAAAACUGCUGAGAUGAAACAAACCAUCAUGUAGUGAGACACAGUACACACUUCAAUAAAAAAAAAGGCGUUUCAAAGUCUCAGAAACCCAACGCUGUACGGUUACGCGUAGACGAUCUGAGGAUUCCCGGCGUGCCGAAGAACCCAACAGGGUUCUAGAGUGUUCUGCAGGACCUCUAUUUUUUCAGAAUAAAUCGAUUCCAUAAUA